GCUGGCGGAACGCAGGCAGCGCCGAGGGCAGCCAGGCGAACGCUGGGGCUUCGGCGGCGCCUGUCGGAGGCGGGGCAGGAAGGCCCGUGCAGCGCCUUAGUCUCGCCGGGCGUGGGGAGAGGGCUCGGCCCGCGGUCCCCGCUGGCGGUACCCCCCCACCCCAGGCCUCUUCAGAGGACACGUGCCUAGGGACUCCGGCCCAUUGUCCCCGGACCCAGCCCCUCGCUGAACGCAGGCUCGGCCUUAGCCCCCGCCCGGCGCGUCUCCGGCAACACGCCGCCACCCGGGAUGCAGCCCACAAGCUGGGCGACCGUCAGGGAGGCGGCGGGCCGUGACGUGCUGGCUGCCGACCUCCGCUGCAGCUUCUUCGCCUCGGCCCUGCAGAGCUACAAGCGCGACUCUGUACUGCGGCCCUUCCCCGCAUCCUAUGCCCGCCACGACUGCAAGGAUUUUGAGGCCCUGCUUGCAGAUGCCACUAAGUUACCCAACCUGAAAGAACUUCUCCAGUCCUCAGGAGACAAAGACACGUGGGCCUGGGACCUGGUGAGCUGGAUUUUAUCCUCAAAGGUCCUGACAAUCCACAGUGCAGGAAAGUCAGAGUUUGAAAAGAUCCAAAAGCUGACUGGUGCCCCUCACACGCCUGUCCCCGUGCCGGACUUCCUGUUUGAAAUUGAGUACUCCGACCCAGCCAACGCCAAAUUUUAUGAGACCAAAGGAGAACGAGACCUAAUCUACGCCUUCCAUGGGAGCCGCCUAGAAAACUUCCAUUCCAUCAUCCACAAUGGCCUGCACUGCCACCUGAACAAGACAUCCUUGUUCGGGGAAGGGACCUACCUCACCAGUGACUUGAGCCUGGCUCUCAUUUACAGCCCCCAUGGCCAUGGGUGGCAGCGCAGCCUCCUGGGCCCCAUCCUUAGCUGUGUGGCCGUGUGCGAGGUCAUCGACCAUCCAGACGUCAAGUGCCAAACGAAGAAGAAGGAUUCCAGGGAGAUAGAUCGCAGGAGAGCGAGGAUCAAGCACAGUGAAGGGGGAGACAUCCCUCCAAAGUACUUUGUGGUCACCAAUAACCAGCUCCUGCGAGUGAAGUACCUGCUGGUGUACUCACAGAAGCAGCCCAAGAGCAGGGCUUCAAGCCAGCUCUCCUGGGUUUCCAGCCAUUGGUUCACGGUCAUGAUAUCCCUGUAUCUGCUGCUGCUGCUCAUAAGAGCCUUCUGCUACAGCUGUAACCCCUCUGCCCCAACCAUGGAUGAGAAAGGAAGGAGUCAGAGAACCGAUAGAAAACAAAGAGCAAAUCAAGUCAUCUUUUUCUAAAAAUUACCAACUGCUGAUUACAGCUGAAAUGGAACCAAAUGUUUGUUUUCUGAUUUUUUUUUUUAAAGUAGCUGUUUGACAAAUUAGUCUUUGUGAGCUGAGUAAAAGGGGAAAUUUCUAAACCUAGAGCACCAUUUGGCCAGUGUCCACAGCCUCUUUCCUGGCCGUAUUUUAGAGAGAAGGAUUUGAGCUGUAGGCCUGCCUCCUGCUCUCCUUCUCACGAACCUGCCUUGAUUGUGGCCUGUUAGCCACAGGUGCCACACUGCAGGCCUUCUGUGGGCAGCUGGCCUUUGAGAUAGAGGCCUGCCUCGGUGUGCCACAGAUGUGUGUGGGCUGAGCCUCCCUCACAGGGCCCGCAAGUCUCUGGGACUCAGCCUGGGCUUUAAAUGUUCAGGGAAAGCCUCAGGCUGCUCAGAGAGCCCUGGUUCUACCUGCUGUAUUCUCUGCCCCUCCUUCCUGCCCCGUGUCAGCUGUCACGGAGCCCUAUCUGAUUUAGGGGGGAGAUUUCUGUAAAGAAUGUGGAAAUUCACUUUCCUAUAAUUUGUGAGGUUGUGAAAAAGCCACUAUCCUGGUUUUUACAUUGAAUAUUGGAGCAUUUCAAAGAUAAUAAAGGUAUUUUCCUAAUUUCCAA